GAGGGCAGCACGACGCCUGCGCCGCUGCUGAUCUGCUGCAGGUUCACAGAAGAAGGAGGCUGGUGUGCAACAGCUAGGCAUCAUCAUGCCUGCUGCUGUGAUUAUGGAGGAAAAUUAUGAUAAAUUAUUGGAGCAGUGUGAAACUCAAGAGCUUGAGGCUCCAGGGGGCAUCGCAACACCUCAAGUGUACGCUCAGUUGCUGGCCCUGUAUUUACUACACAAUGAUAUGAAUAAUGCCCGAUAUCUCUGGAAACGGAUUCCCCAAGCUAUAAAAUCGGCAAACCCAGAGCUAGCGGCUGUUUGGGCUGUUGGCCAACGCAUAUGGCAGCGAGACUUUCCAGGGAUCUACACAGCGAUUGCAGCCUACCAGUGGUCUGAAAAUAUCCUUCCAGUCAUGGAGGCUCUCCGAGAGAGCACACGGCAAAGGGCGUAUGGUCUCGUGGCUCAGGCGUAUACUUCCAUCACAGCAGAAGAUUUUGCUGCCUUUGUGGGCUACUCCGUUGAGGAGGCUGUGAAAGGUGUGGUGAGCCAGGGCUGGCAGGCAGACCCCAGCACUAGAAUGGUGAUGCCCCAAAAGCCAGAUCCUCCCCCAGUCUCGUUGGUUCCAAAUGAGCAGCAGCUGGCCAGACUCACUGACUACGUGGCUUUCCUCGAGAACUGAUAACCCGACAACAUCCACCACCGCCUCCCUUUUCUGCCUGCUAUGGACAGAGGGAGAACACCAACCGCGGAAGCAUUUAUCGACAUGUUUAGAUAGACCCUUCCCACUUCCUUCAAAAUUUAACUCUGAUCCAUUGACAAUAUCACACACACACAGUCUCACAUGGUUUUGAAAGUUAAAUACUCUUCUCCAAGACUUGCCUAUUUAUGUUCAUUGUAUAAUACACCUGCCUCAGUUUUAUUCAUAUUUUCUUGAAAUUGCUUGUUACCUUUCAGGCUCCAGUGUUGUAUUAUAUUCUUUAGUGGUUCUGCUUUUUUUGCAGCUGCCUGAUGUAUUAAUUUGGGUGUGAUUUUAAAGUGGACAGACAUAGUAGAUAGCUGUCUCAUCUCUGUUUUAAGGUUUCUAUUGCUACUGCAUCGGUGUUUAUAUUGAGUGGAGCUUACCGUAACUCUUCAGCAUAUUGCUCUCUCCCUACUCAAUAUCAGAUCCACAUACCACACGUGAGUCCUUUGUGUCUUAGCACUUAAUAGUUGCCUUCAAACAGAUUUCUUCAGCUAACAGAAGUCUUGGUAUGCAUCACCAUGUGGAGUUCACUGUCGUCUGUGUCAGACUCAAGCAAAGUGUCACCGCAUGCGAGUUACUUAGAUUGGGCCUACUGAGACAUGUGAUACUGUGCUCAGUAAACGUUUCCCUCUUUUGACCUUGCAUUUGAAGUCUAUGUUUUGACUGGUAAAUAAAUAUUUUGAUGUGUUUAUAAUUCAGAA